AUGUUGGAAAGCGCGGCAACUCUUUAUGAGGAUUCCAGUGACAGCCCAGCUGAAGAAUCUAUCAAGCCCCAAUACGAAAACAAAAGUUCUCGCCAACACUGCAUCUUUUGUGAGAAAGCUACAAACCCGCUAACUCAGCUUCCAAGCUGUUCUUUGGCUCAUUCUUCUUGCAGGGAAAAUCGAUCGUGUAUAAUUUGUGGAUUAUCUGGCAUGACUUUGCAUUGCAGAUCUUAUGGGUGCUCUAGAGUUGUCCAUCCUUGGUGCAUGGAUUGGACUCUUCAUUUUUCAUUUUCUCUUGAAGAUCCUCGGUGUGAUAUUCAUCUUCCAAAUGGCAGAAGAAAGCGCGAAUAUCAGCGAGUAUGACAAAGCAGACAAGUAGCUCACAAAGUGGGCGAAGACGCAGAAUCAGUGAGGAUUAUAAAAGAAACAUAUGACGAUUAUAAAGCUCCAAACGUUUAUACGGGCAAUAUUUUGUGGUAUGUGAUUGGUGUGCAAUAUUUUCCAAACACUUAUAUGAUAGAAAACUUCCCUGAUUUCUGUAUAAAGGAGAAGGACGAAGAGCCGUAUUUUGAUGGAGAUGUUGAUUUUUUAAUUAAGUGUUAUGAAAAAGAGCAUGAAGAUAUUGCUAAAGAAAACGAAAGACUUAUCAAUGAAUCUUUAAAACCUGAAAUAAAUCGAAAAACAAUAGAAGUUGUUGAUAAUGGGAUCAAAAAAAUUAAACAUAAUAAAGAAGAUGACCUGAUUCUAGGCGAAAUCAAAAAAAUAAACAGAAGAGGCCACUAUGAAGAAUACUUAAAAUAUUUUGAAACGAAAGGCAGAGGUGAUAAUGAGUUUUCAUAUGCAGAAAAACGCCAAAGUGGUCUUAGAGGUCCUCCUAAAUGUGAAGAAGAUUGGGUAUGUGGAGUUUGUGGAGAUGGAGACUACGAAGACGAUGAUUUAAUCGUUAUUUGUUCCCGCUGUGAAAUGGGUGCUCACAUGAAGUGUUAUGGAAUCCCUAACGUCCCAGAUCACGAUUGAUACUGCCAAGCAUGUGAAAAAACUAACAGCCCUGAAGAAAGACAUAGCUUAAAAUGUGCUUUAUGCUCUGUAAAUGGCGGAGCCAUAAAAUUAACGAUUCACCAGACCUCAAAAGAGUUAAGUUUCCCCAACUAUGAUUUUAAAGGAAACCCAGAAAAAGUUUGGGUUCAUGUUUUUUGUGCUUUGCAUAUCGAACCUGCCACUAUUACUGAUAAAUUAAACGUCAGUGGAAUUGAUUUAACGAAAAUUGAUAUGAAAAGGUUUAGUUUGAGAUGCGGGAAAUGUGGCAGCAAAGAAGGAGCUUGUUUGCAAUGCCAGCAUGGAAGAUGCCAGGCUGCUUAUCAUCCUGAGUGUGGGAAAGAUUUAUUUACAAAUACAAGGGACAAGUCUGGGUAUGAUGAAGUAGGCAUGUAUUGCCCAUUGCAUAAACCUUUAAAAUUAAGGAGGGUUUUGGAAAGCAGGGAAAAAAAGACUGUGGAAGAUAUCAUAAAUUUUGCAAAAAUAUUUGAUAAAACUUCAAAAAAGAAAAAGAAAUUGAAAAGUCCUGUAACCAAAAAGAAGAAAAAAUCGAAGUCGGAAAAGGAGCCAUUCUCAUGCAUAGAGAAAUUCAAAUUAUGGAAAGCUAUGGACGAAAAGCUUGAUUAUUUGGUAAAACACAAAAAUAAUGGAUUUUCUUUUAUAAUUAAGCAAAAAAAUGCUAGUAAUGCGUUACGGAGUAGUGUUGAAGUACAAAAACCAUUUAUUUAUAACACCCUUGACCCGCAAGCUAUAUUAAGAUUAAGAUUAGAAGUUCUCAUUUGACAGGGCAGUAGAUUUCUACUCCUAAAUGCUAAUCAUUCUGAGGGAUCCUGGUGGACACUCUCCUUGCCACAGCAGGCAAGGGGUUUGCACAACAGAUCUUGACUUCUAUGACUCCUAAAGCCUAAGGGUCCGCCAUCUUGGAAGAAACUCUCAGGUUCUCUUAGACAGAUGCCACCUCUUGAACUCCGUUCGAGGCCUUAUCAAUCGCUCGGAGCUUUUGCUAGUUCUGCCCUUUUUAAUGGUUCUUUUAGAGGCAAAAACUCAAGCUCAAUGAAUUAGCUCCUGAGACCCUAGAAAAAACUAUUCAGACAACACAAUUGUUUUCUGGUCUCUUUCUGCCCUUUCUCUUCACACUGGGCUUUUUACCUGCUGGUUUUGAAGAAAUAGGGUAAAAAAAUCGGGUGGCCUGCCAGUGCCAUUUUUUUAAAUAUAUCUCAAGCUAUAUUGCAAUACAACAUAACAGUUCCUGGCCGAAAGCCAUUUGAGUGUUAUACAUUUUAUAAAGCUUUUAUUCAGCCUUUAAUUAAAAAAGAAUUUGGAAUUUUAAAUGUUCAGCCCAGCACCUUUGUACCUAAGGGAAAGAUUAUUCUUUAUUCAACAAAUAAGCCUCAUAAUUCAUGCUUUCAUAUAAAAAAUAAUUGAUAGUAAAAUCAACAUAAAAAGCAUAAAAAAAUUAAAAAAAUCAUCUUGAAAGACGAAAUAGAAAAAGAAAAAGCUAGAGCCAAAGAACAAAAGCUCGUACAAGCAAUGAUUUCUGUGCCUGUCUUAGAAGAUGUUUACACCAAAGAGGUAUACUGCAUUUGCAGAAAACCAUAUGUGGAACAAACGUUUAAAAGAGCUUAUGAAAGUGAGGAAGAUUUUGAAAAACGAAAAUGAUUUACAAGCAUGAUUGAGUGUGAGCAAUGCAAUGAAUGGUUUCAUAAUGAGUGCAUGAAAUUCCCGUAUUUGCAUGAAGAAAAGGAGUUUUAUUGUCCAAGCUGUAAGCCGAAAAGGAUGCAUUUGAGUGAAGACAAACUUGAUUAA